CCUAUGCGACGAAGCCGACGAAGCCCAGUGAGCUCCCCGCAAGCAACAAAGUGGUCAGUCUCGCCCAAUCCUCGUGGCCGGAUACUGUAUUGGAUCGGUCCGGAGUUAUGCCGCUCGUGGGUAAACAUCCUAAACCGAUCGACACGUGAACCACUGAAAGUGUUGGACAAACUGAGAGAAAAAAUCAUCGUUAUCUUAUUCACUCGUCCCCUCCCACUCGAGUUUUUAAAUUCAAUUGCGGAGUUGCGUAAUCGAGACACAUGUUGACACAUUGAUGACAAGACGGAGUAGCGAGGAGGGAACGGCGACGUUGAGGGUCGCCAAAGUGUGAAUAGCAGAGAAUCCCGGCAGCUUGAGUGAAUUGGUUCAUCCAUCAAUCGUAUAAAUAAAUAUUUUUCAAUAUGAGACCCUGGACAAAUAGGACAGUCACUCUGGCUGUUAUCGGAAUAUCGCUUUUUUUCAUUGGGAUUGCUCUGAUGUUCCUCUGGCCAGUGCUCUUCCAUCAUAUCCUUAGUCAGGAGCUUCCUAUCACUCCAACAUCACGUGUCUUGGAUCUGUGGAGAUCAACGGGUGACAAAAUCCCACUCAACAUGGAGUUUUACUUCUUCAACUGGACAAAUCCGGAGGAGUUAAAAACACCUGGAAAAAAGCCAAAUCUCGUUGAAGUGGGACCCUACACAUUCAUUCAUAAAACGGAAAAAGUCAACAUAACGUUUCACCCGGAAAACAGCACCGUCAGCUACUUCGUGAGGAAGCACUGGUACUUUGAUCCAGAGAAGAGCAACGGCCAACUGAACGAUACUUUAAUUCAGUUAAACAUUCUCGCUGUGGCAGCUGCUAACAAAAUCAAAUACUGGAACAAAGCUCUCCAAGGUACAGUCUCCCUACUCCUAAGCGAGAUUUCCUCAAUUCACAUUGUGAAAACUGUCGAUGAGAUGAUGUUCACUGGAUUCAAUGAUCAACUAAUCGAUUUGGGAAAAUUGGCAAUGGACGAGGAAGACAUGAAAAUCCCGAAUUAUGACAAAUUCGGGUGGUUUUAUUUGAGAAAUGGAUCCACGUUCUUCGAUGGACAUUACAAUGUGGCGACCGGAGAAGAUGAUAUUGCUAAUCUUGGGACUUUAAGAAAGUGGAAUUAUACAGACGUAACGGAUUAUUACAAGAGCCCUUGUAAUAUAGUUGAGGGAAGUGCUGGUGAAUUUUUUCCGCCCAACAGGGGAAUGGAUGAAAUCACUACUUUCACCGCUGAUUUAUGCAGGCCAAUAACAUACGAAUACGUGGGAAAGGCAACUCACCACGGGAUCACAGGGUACAAGUACGAGCUCGGGGAGAAAAGUCUCGGGAACAGUUCAUUCAGGCGAUUCCCUCACAGUACAGCAAAGUAUUUCGAGAGAACCACGACUACUGAGGACUUCUUCAACGCUGAUCACUCCACGAAAAAGAGUGUCCCCGACGAUUCGGAUCCCGAUGUCGUCAAUAUGGGACAAUGCUACUGCGAUGGCGAGUGCAGCCCCAUGGGGGUCAUUAACAUCACAACUUGCAGAUAUGGUGCCCCUGGAUUCGUUAGUCUUCCACAUUUUCAUAAAGGUGAUCCUAUUCUGAGGGAACAAGUGAUAGGGCUCAAUCCCAACGAGAAGGAUCACACUUUUUAUUAUCUUUUGGAACCGAAUACUGGAGUCCCAAUUGACGUUGCAGCUAGACUCCAAGUGAACAUUUUACUCCAACCAUUUGACUUUGUCUCAAUUUUUAGAGACGUUCCGAAGAUUUAUUUCCCCUGCUUUUGGUUCUCCAUGAGAGCCGGCACGACUGAGGAGCUAGCAUCAUCCCUACGGAUGCUUCUUUUAGUACCUAGUAUAGGGUCAUAUUCAAGCAUAAUCAUAGCUAUUGUUGGGGGCCUUGUUCUAUUAAUAAUCGCCAUCACUCAGUUUCUGCAAAAGGGACGAAGUCAUCCCAAAAAUCCCCGAUUGAAAAGACCCGGUUGGAUGUCCGAGGACGAGAAAAAGGACAAGAAAUCAGAGCACGUUUACAUGGACACAACGACGAUGCCUGACGACAACGAGAGAAAUGAUCGUCAAUUAUACCCUACAAUGAACUGAUCCCGGAGGUAAUCAACAAAUUUUGCUCACGACAAGAGUGUGAUAGAAUACAAUUUAACAUUAUCCAAUAAUCGAGUCAGAUUUGUCCUACAACGAUACAGGGUCGAUGAUAUUAUCACGUUCCAUGUCCGAAUUCCCCCCUCGAAUGCCAUAGAAUAAUUAGAAAGGAGACACCAAGAUUUUCGAUGUGAGAGUGAUCAGGCGCAGAAUGUGCAAUUAAUUAAUAUGCCAGAUGAUCAAUUCUGCAGUGAAGUGAUGAAGCACAGGAAAUUAAUCCCAAAAUCUAAUCCACUAACAUUAAGAGAGCAGCUUCAAUAAUUAAUUGAAUACUAAAACCAAGAUAAACUUUUACAUAUCCCAGAUUAUUUAUUUUACUCAUCAAUAAUUAUUAUUUUAAAAAUUAAUUGAUCUGAUAAUUAUUACAUAAUUAAAAAUGGAUUAAUUAUUAGUUUCAAUCAAAAUCGUCGAUUCACUUUCCUCUAGAAUGAAAAUCUUUACAAGAAAUGUCAGAUUUUUCUUUAAAAAAAAGUUGUUUCCAAUAAUUCCUCAAAUAUUUACAAAAUAAUAUGUAAAUUAUGUUCCACGAAUCUCCUGUUCUCCACCAUUCCACUGCUGAAUUAUAAUAAACUAACUGACUCAGGAAAGAUCAUACCAAAAAUACCUAUAAAUCUAUUCUAAUCUGUAAUUAACAUAACGAGAAAAUUUAUAUUUGAUAAAAUCGACAUUUUUUAGAAAAAACAAAUUGUAUAACAAUUGAAACAUUUACGGAGAGAGUGAUCUCUUCAUGAGUGACACUAAUAAGAGCGAUCAAGUGAUAGUGUCGAUGGUAUGAUAGUCUUUAACAUAUCUACCCACUGCCCGUAAUGAAAGAAAAUAAUUGACCUUUGUUUAUAUUUAAUUAGUGUCAUAGUGGCGUGACGAUUGUCAUGGAGUUUGAAAUGCCUAUAUAUAAUUUGCUGUGAAUUUUAUACACGUUUUGCCAUUCCAAGUUUCAACUACAUAUUACUUCAUUCGUUAUAUUUUAUGUACUGUGAAAUGAUAUGAUGACAUGUAGAUGGAAGAAAGUCUCUGCAGGAUCGUAUGAAUUUUUCCAAAUGAGUUUAAAUAAAUGUUUAAUAUUUUUAUAGUGAUUUUGUAUCAAUCAAACUAUAUCCUUUUAAUUAAAAAAUUUAUACGACAUAUUUUCUACUUUUCAUUACAAUAAUUUAUUCAUUUCCAUAACUCAACAUGAAUUCAUUUCAUAUUUUUUCUGUUUUUUGUUCGGAGACGAGCAGAAAAUAGGUGUAGAAAGCUUGAACACUUUGUUUUUCAUCAAUCAAAUUUACGUGAAGAGACAUUAAUUGAAUUAAAUAAACUUUAUUCGAAUCAAAUAAAUUGGUUGUUGGAUUCCAAUGGAGAAUAUGUUUGGAAUGAGUGAAUUAUUUAUUUCAUUUAAUUAAAAUCUUCUCAUUGGAAAAAAAGUAAAGUUUAUGAAUUUUUGACAAAACUAUUGGCGAAAUGAAGUUUGAAAUACUUUUCAACUACAUUUUACUUCAUUCGUUACAUUUGAUGCACUGUGAAAUGAUAUAAUGACAUGUAGAUGGAAGGAAGUCUCUGCAGGAACGUAUGAAUUUUUGAAAGUAAGUUUGAAUAAAUAUUUAAUAUUUUUAUAGUGAUUUUGUAUCAAUCAAACUGUAUCCUUUUAAUUAAAAAAUUUACACGACA